AUGUCGCCGGCAUCCUUAGAAACCUGGGCUCUCCCCCGUCUCGCGAAACUUCUCCCCCUUGACGACGAUUCGCUAAAGCAAAUCAUCACAUACACAGCCACCUUAUCAAAGGAAGAGAGCGCUGAUCAUUUGCGGAAUCUACUGGACGAUUCGGCUGCCUCACUAGAGUUUAUUUCGGGUUUUAAUUCAAGAAGAGGUGGAGAACAAGCACAGACGCAAGCAGGCCCCCAACGGCAGCCACAAACACGGACGCAGACUGGGAGGUCAGGGAAUGGGUCGAAUGCUAGCAACACGGGCCCCAGAAACAGCAAAAAACAGAAGAACUCAAUACAUACUCCAGCAGCUGUUAGGAGGCCAGAUGGACAUGGUAAUGUGGGUGGGGGAUAUGUGAAAUCCCGGCAGGCAGAGGAUUAUAUACCUGGAGCACCGUCUCAACCCCAAAUAUCUCCAUCGCCAGCAACUUCAGCUCAGCAACAAUCUUCCUCGGGGAAAAAGGCAGGAAAAGCUCCGCCGUCUGCAUCUGGACAGCUAAUAUCAGAGUAUCUACCGAAUGUGAGGUCUAAAAAGGCGAAAGCUACUGGGGCGAAUGCAGUAUCGCGGGGGGGCAACACUCAAUCAACCAAGGCAACGGGUGCGGUAGGGGCAUCCACUACGACCAGCAACAUAUCUGAUCUCACAGCCGCGAUCGCGGCACUUGAAGUAUCUACAAACCCCAAAGACCGCAAGCAACGCAAAUGCAAUUGCAGUGCGACUAUCCACCCGCUCUUCACACCAGCCCCGAACUGCCUGUAUUGUGGAAAGAUAAUAUGUGCGCUCGAAGGGCUACAGCCAUGCUCGUUUUGUGGGACGCCGCUCCUAUCGACAACGGAGAUGCAGGAUAUGAUCCAAGAACUACGGACUGAACGUGGAAACGAGAAGAUGAGAGCACAUAACGAGAGCCAUCAGCGUGAUAGUGGCAGUGGGCCCAUGCCAGUGGACUCAUCAAAUAGUCCUACUGCCAACAGCAAAUUGGAAGCAGCCAAAGCUCAUCGUGACAAGCUACUUGCAUUCCAGUCACAAAAUGCACAACGAACACGGAUCGUGGAUGAGGCAGCGGACUUUGAUAUACCUACUAGUGCAUCGACGCAGUGGAUGACACCGGCACAGCGUGCGUUGGCGCUGAAAAAGCAACAACGGCUACUGCGGGAGAUGGAAGAGAAGAACCGGCCAGAGUGGGAGAAAAAGAGUGUGGUCUUGAGCUUGGAUAUUAAGAAAGGGAAAGUGGUGCGGACUUUUGAAAAGAUAGAGACUCCCCGGACGCCAGAUGCGGAAUUGGAGGAGGAAGUUGAUGAAUGGAACGAAGCAGAGGGUGCAGGUUUAUCGGAGAAAGGUUCGAAUGGUACGUUUUCGCGGAACCCUUUGCUCAAGGGCGCCGGCUUGGUGAGGCCAGUAUGGAAGCCAGCUGCGUCUAAGAACAGUGGCGAUGAUGGUUCAGGGAGCAGUCAAACGACAAAAAGAGAGCAGAGACAGGCAUGGAGGCGUGUGCAGGACGAUAACGAGGACAAUGAGAAAUGGAUUUUGGAUGGAGGCUUACGUGGGCAUGGCGAUAAUGACAAUGCCUUGCGAUGUAAUGAACUCAUGUCAUAA